AUGAAAUUUUCCCUUCUCGCACUCGCCCUUGCAGGCCUUGGAGCUGCCACCCCUGUCACUUUGAUUCAACGCCAGUCCCGUGACUUUCAUCUGGGCUCGCGCAUCCACCGAGCUGGGGUUGAUGGUAAUUAUCCCUCGAAGCAGAUUCCCUUACGGUCACCUCCCGUGCUCACCUCAUCGCAACAGGGACAAUCCGUCGGUCCUGCGGUUUGCAGCGGCUUGAAAUCCGCCCGAUCCAGCGGUGUUGCAUGCCAGGGCGUUGGGCCGCAAUAUACCGCCGAUCUACCCAGCAAUGCCCUGCCAGAUAAUACUUCGCCCCAGGCCAUCGAUGAGGCCAUUGGCCUUUUCAAGCAAGCCGUGCAGAAGUGUCCCAACACUCAGAUUGUCGCUGGUGGCUACAGUCAGGGUACCGCCGUCAUCGAUGGCGCGAUCUCCCGACUCCCCGAUAAUGUCAAGGAGAAGAUCAAGGGGGUCGCCCUCUUCGGCUACACCCGCAAUCUCCAGGAACAUGGGCAGAUCUCCAACUUCCCCAAGGAUCCGGUCAAGGUCUACUGUGCUGUGGGCGACUUGGUCUGUUCCGGGACAUUGAUCAUCACUGCAGCCCACUUCACGUAUGUGGCCAAUGCCGCUGAUGCUACCCAAUUCCUCGUGUCGAAGCUGGCUUCUGCCUGA